UUGUGGAUUGUUUAUACCGUUCUGGAGUGAAGCCCUGUUGUGGAUUGUUUAUUUUCGUUGUUGUGCGGUGCACAGACUUUUGUUGGACAUUUUUCAUUUUACGAAAUAAAGCUCAGUCAGCAGUCAAAAGCCGACCCUUUGUCUUCUUCCUUCCCCACGAACUUGAACAUUACUACACUGGUGCCGAAACCCGGGAAGGAAGAAGGGAGCCGCCGCCAUGCAAACGCCCUCCGCCGUGCCGUUUGCGGACAUCAUCACAUCCCUCGCGGUCUUACACCAAGACCAACAUCAAGCCCUGCUGGACCUCCGCUCGGAUCAGGAGCGGCGUUUCCAAGCCAUCCUUCAGGUCCAGCAGGAAGACCGCGAGAGGUUCCGGAGCUGGAUCGACCGGGAGGUUCGUACGGAGACCACCGGACAGCUGGCUGCGCCCACCCAUCUUCCCCUCAACAAAAUGGGCCCGCUGGAUGACCCGGAGGCCUUCCUGGACCUUUUCGAGAAGUCCGCGGAGGUGUCAGGUUGGCCCCGGGAUCAGUGGCCCAUGCGACUCAUCCCACUGCUCUCGGGUGAGUCGCAGGUGGCAGCGCAGCAGCUGCCUGUACAGAACCUCCUGGUCUUCGACGACCUGAAGAGGGCCAUACUUCAGCGGGUCGGCCGGACCCCAGAACAGCAUCGCCAACGGUUCCGCUCACUGGAGUUAGGCGAGUCCGGUCGGCCCUUCGUGAUGGCCCAACAGCUCCGGGACUCCUGCCGCAAAUGGCUCCUGGCCGAGGGAGGCGACGUGGAGCAAGUCAUCGAUCUGGUGGUGCUGGAGCAGUUCAUAACUCGGCUGCCCAAAAGAACAGCCGAGUGGGUCCAGUGCCACCGUCCCACGUCGCUGGACUCGGCCAUCCACCUCGCGGAGGACCACAUGGUGGCGUGCCCAGGGGUCGGCGAACCCCUUCCAUCUGCCUCUCUCUCUCCUUCUCUUCCAUCCUCCUCUCUCUCUAAGCCUGUCCCUCUCCCCAGGUCUCGUCCGCCCGGCCCUCCUCGUGUCCCGCCCCGGGGGCGGGGCGGGACUGAACAGGGAUUCUUUUCCGGACCUCGGGUCCCGCCCAGGGGGGCGGGACCAUCUGCUGCCGGGCUGGACCCCACUCCUGCUUCUCCCCUCUCUCCGCGCCAACCAUUUAACCCUCUCCCUGCCACGAGAGCGGCGGGCAGGUCUGGGCCGGCCUGUUGGCGUUGCGGGGACCCGGAGCAUUUCGUGGACAGGUGUCCGAUUAUGGAGGUUGGGACGUUGAUCCGGGUCCCGGACGUUCCGCAGGCCGCCCCUGGUCAAGCUGGCGGGUACCAAAUUCCUUAAUUGGCGCGGAGGCAGGAUAAAACACCAGGAGAAGCAGGAGUGUGCGAGAGAGAGAGG